AUGGACGCUGUUCUUCGCCAGUCCAAGGCCAUGUGCCCCUUCUUGAAGAAGGCGUCACCGGCCACUCUUCGUGCGCUGUCGACCUCGACCCGGCCCCAGGCCUCUCAGUGCGGCGGCACCAUCUCCAAGCUCCAGCUGCUUGGCCAGCGAUGCCCCGUCAUGGGAAAGGCCCUCGCCAUCCAGUCCGCCCGCUUCGGUGGCAAGACUGGAAUCCAUGGCGCUGCUACUGUGACGGGUCUCCGCAACUUCUCCGGCCAUUCCAAGCCAGGGAAGGCCAAGAUUCAUACCAGUCGUCCCAAGGAGGCGAGGGCUGUCGACAGCCCUGUGUUCGUGGCUCGUGAAAGCGUCCAGUUUCCCCCAGCUGCGCCAGGCAGUCGCAAUGCCAAUGCUGCCUCGCCUAGCGGGAAUCAGGCGGAUCCCAGCACCAGGUUCGACUACAACGGAUUCUACGAAGGGGAACUGGACAAGAAACACAAGGACAAGUCUUACCGCUACUUCAACAACAUCAACCGCCUGGCCAAGGAGUUUCCGCAGGCUCACGGAGCCAACAAGGAAGAGCGCGUGACAGUCUGGUGCUCCAAUGAUUACCUUGGAAUGGGCAGGAACCCACAGGUCUUGAAGCAGAUGCACGAGACUUUGGACGAAUACGGUUCCGGUGCUGGUGGUACGAGAAAUAUCUCUGGCCACAACAAACACGCAGUCGAACUCGAGGGUACCAUCGCCAAGCUUCACGCCCAAGAAGCUGCACUCGUCUUCAGCUCGUGCUAUGUGGCAAACGAUGCCACUCUAGCCACACUGGGGAGCAAACUCCCCGAAUGUGUGAUUCUCUCUGACAGCCUGAACCACGCGUCAAUGAUCCAGGGCAUACGCCACUCAGGAACCAGAAAGAUCGUGUUCAAACACAACGAUCUUGAGGAUCUGGAAGCCAAAUUGGCUUCAUUACCGCUUCAUGUGCCAAAAGUCAUUGCCUUCGAGUCUGUCUAUAGCAUGUGUGGCUCGAUUGGACCUAUUGAAGGGAUAUGCGAUCUUGCCGACAAGUACGGUGCUCUCACCUUUCUCGAUGAAGUUCAUGCUGUCGGCAUGUACGGUCCAAAUGGCGCAGGUGUUGCGGAACAUCUCGAUUUCGAAGCUCACCAACAAGGAAGACCCGAGGGAACCAUCAUGGAUCGCAUAGAUAUCAUCACUGGCACCUUGGGCAAGGCGUACGGGUGCGUUGGUGGAUAUAUCGCGGGCAGUGCUAAGCUUAUUGACAUGAUCCGAUCGCUUGCACCUGGCUUCAUUUUCACGACCUCGCUCCCUCCAGCCACCAUGGCUGGUGCAACCGCUGCCAUUGAGUAUCAAAGGGAAUACAAGGGCGACAGGCGGCUCCAGCAGCUCCAUACCCGUGCUGUCAAGGAGGCUUUGGAUGCUAGAGACAUCCCGGUCAUACCGAAUCCCUCUCAUAUCAUCCCGAUCCUAGUAGGCAACGCUGAGCUUGCGAAGCAAGCCUCGGAUAUGUUGCUGAGCGACUAUCAGAUCUACGUACAGUCAAUCAACUAUCCUACCGUGCCGGUAGGACAGGAGCGUCUGCGUAUCACGCCAACCCCAGGUCAUACGAAGGAAUACCGCGAUCAAUUGGUCGAUGCCAUUGACGAGAUUUGGUCCAAGCUUGGAAUCAAGCGUACGUCCGAAUGGGCGGCUGAAGGCGGUUUCAUCGGUGUGGGUGAAACCGGGAAAAGCAUCGAGCAGCCUCUCUGGACCGACGAGCAGCUCGGUAUCGAUCGUCAAGUCGCCCAAGAAAUCAAGGCAUCGAAGCCUACUAAUGGUUUCAUGGAAACAUUGCUCGAACGCGAAACUCGAAACUCGGCAAGGGCUGUAAGUGCCGCCGCCUGA